ACGAGGCGCAGAGAGCGGGCUGGGGCAUUUCUCCCCGAGAUGGCGGGUCUGGGAUCUGCAGCCCGGCGGCCCGGAGUCCUUCUGCUCCUGCUGUGUAUCGCCCACCCCUCGCAGCCUGGAGGGGUCCCGGGGGCUGUUCCUGGUGGAGUUCCCGGAGGCGUCUAUUACCCAGGUGCUGGUCUCGGAGGUCUGGGAGGAGGAGCUCUGGGGCCUGGAGGCAAACCGCCCAAGCCAGGGGCUGGACUCCUGGGGGCGUUCGGGGCAGGUGCUGGUGGGCUCGCAGGUGGUGGCCCUGGGGCAGGGCUCGGGGCCUUUCCAGCAGGCGCCUACCCGGGGGCUCUGGUGCCCGGUGGAGCGGCGGGUGCUGCCGCGGCCUAUAAAGCUGCCAAGGCUGGGGCUGGGCUUGGCGGUGUCGGCGGCCUUGGCGGGGUGGGCGGCCUUGGUGGCAUCGGCGGCUUGGGAGUGUCUACAGGCGCGGUGGUGCCUCAGGCUGGAGCCGGAGUCGGAGUCGGAGCCGGAGCGAAACCCGGGAAGGUGCCCGGUGUGGGGCUGCCCGGUGUAUACCCAGGUGGAGUGCUCCCAGGUGCAGGAGCUCGGUUCCCGGGUGUGGGGGUGCUCCCUGGGGUUCCCACCGGAGCCGGAGUCAAGGCCAAGACCCCAGGUGGAGGUGGAGCUUUCGCCGGAAUCCCAGGAGUCGGACCCUUUGGGGGCCAGCAGCCUGGCGUCCCGCUGGGGUACCCCAUCAAGGCACCCAAGCUGCCAGGUGGCUAUGGACUGCCCUACAGCACUGGGAAACUGCCCUUCGGCUAUGGGCCCGGAGGAGUGGCUGGUGCCGGGGCCAAGGCUGGGUACCCGACGGGGACAGGAGUUGGCGCGCAGGCUGCAGCAGCAGCAGCAGCUAAAGCAGCAAAGUAUGGUGCGGGAGGAGCCGGGGUUCUCCCUGGUGUUGGAGGCGGCGGCAUUCCCGGUGGGCCCGGCGCAAUUCCUGGGAUCGGAGGCAUCGCAGGGGCGGGGGCGCCGGCUGCUGCGGCAAAGGCUGCUGCGAAGGCAGCUAAGUUCGGAGCUGCUGGAGGCUUGGUGCCCGGUGGACCAGGCUUUGGCGGCCCGGGAGUUGGGGUCCCGGGUGUUGGGGUCCCAGGUGUUGGAAUCCCAGGUGUUGGGGUCCCAGGAGCUGUGUCACCAGCUGCAGCUGCUAAAGCAGCCAAAUUCGGGGCCAGAGCCGGAGUGGGUGUUGGAGGCAUUCCCACUUACGGGGUCGGGGUCGGUGCUGGGGGCUUUCCUGGUUACGGUAUCGGAGCUGGAGUCGGAGGUGUUCCUGGAGCUGCCCUUUCCCCUGCAGCCCAGGCAGCAGCCGCAGCCAAGGCAGCCAAGUACGGUGCUGGAGGGGCAGGAGCCUUGGGAGGGCUGGUGCCGGGGAUCGGAGACGGAGUGGCAGGUGUCCCAGGUACAGGAGGGGUGCCAGGAGUAGGGACCCCAGCCGCUGCAGCCGCCAAAGCCGCCGCCAAAGCCGCCCAGUUCGGGUUAGGCCCCGGUAUUGGCGUGGGUCCCGGCAUUGGUCCCGGCAUUGGUCCCGGCAUUGGCAUUGGUCCCGGUGGUGUUAUAGGAGCAGGGGCCCCCGCUGCAGCCAAAGCCGCGGCUAAAGCAGCCGCCAAAGCCCAGUACCGGGCUGCAGCUGGGCUCCCUGUUGGUGUUCCCGGCUUUGGGGUUGGUGCCGGCGUUCCCGGAUUCGGAGUUGGUGCCGGCAUUCCUGGAUUUGGAGUUGGUGUUCCUGGCUUUGGGGCAGGUGCAGUACCUGGAACCCUGGCUGCAGCUAAAGCCGCCAAAUAUGGAGUGGGAGGUGCCGGGGCUCUCGGCGGAAUAGGUGUCCCAGGCGGUGUGGCAGGAGUCGGACCUGCGGCCUCGGCCGCUGCUGCCAAAGCCGCCGCCAAAGCCGCCCAGUUUGGCCUCGGGGGACCCGGAGGCCUGGGAGUCGGGGGGCUCGGAGUCGGGGGGCUCGGAGGCCUUGGAGGUGUGUCCCCGGCCGCAGCUGCUAAAGCAGCCAAAUAUGAUGCCGCUGGUCUAGAAGGUGUCCUGGGAGCCACCAGGCCAUUCCAAGUCGGAGGAGUUGCAGCAAGACCUGGCUUCGGACUGUCCCCUAUUUACCCAGGUGGCGGAGCCGGGGGCCUGGGCAUUGGUGGCAAACCUCCCAAGCCCUAUGGAGGGGCCCUGGGAGCCCUGGGAUUCCCAGGUGGGGCCUGCCUGGGGAAAUCCUGUGGCCGGAAGAGAAAGUGAGCUUCCCGGGACCCCUGACUCGCGACCUCAUCAACGUUGGUGCUACUGCUUGGUGGAGAAUGUAAACCCCUUGUGACCCCCUCCCCCACCCCCCACCCCCCCUCCCCCGUCCCCACCCUCGGAGGGGACAGGCCAGGCUGGGUGGCCUUGGAAAUCCACAAAGCAAGGAAACAAGAGAGGUGGCCAAGUGGACCCCAGGAGGCCCCCAACUUCAGAGGCCGGGGGCGGGUGGGCUUAGCCCCCCGCCCUCACCCCCUUCCCACCCAGGAGCUCCCCCUCCACACACUCUCCAACUCCAGGGGAACUUGGUGCUACAUGCUGGUGCUCUCAUCUUCCUGGGGGGAGGGAGGAGGGAAGGGCGGCCCCUCGGGAACCCCCUCCCUUGGGACUCCUCUGAAGAUGGUGCGGACACUCCCUGGGCAGUCCCACCUCCCCCUGCCCACCAGAACCACCCCCCAACCCCGGCUGCGGUCCAGUUGGUACCUAAGCACCUAAAGCCUCAAGCUGGAUUCGGUCAUACCAUCUCUCAGCCCCCUUGCCCCCCCACCUAUUCCCCACGUCUGGGACACCUGCGGAUGGGAAGACCCCCACUGGGAACAGCGCUUUUGCUCUUGUGGAAUUCAUCCAGCCAUCUGUCCAUCCGUCCAUCCAUCCUUGUCCCCAGCUGACUGCCCAGCACCGCUAGCUGGCUGGGUGCCCCCACCAUCAACCUGGUUAAUGUGUCCUGGCGACCUGUGCCCUGCCUCCCCACCUCCACACACACCCCUACGAUGGGGCCUGAGCACACAGGGUGUGAGGAGCUACACCAGCUGGGGCGGCAGGAAUCUCCUCCCCGACCUGGGUUCCCCCAUGCAGUACUGUAUACCCCCCCAUCCUUCCCUCGAACCACUGUACCCACUUCAGAGCAUUUCCCACCCUGCCCCGCCCGUUUCUUUGUGUCUCGCUGUGAUAGAUCAAUAAAUAUUUUAUUUUUUGUCCUGGA